CAUGGACACCCGUACUCCGGCCGCCACCAUUUUCCGAUUGUUCACAAAAGAAUCACUGGUGAAGAUCGAAAGGCGAAUAGCCGAGGAACAAGCUGCCAAAGAAUCCAGUCACGAUAAGGAUCACCAUGGUGACGAUCAGCACGAAGAAGAAAAGCACAGUGGUGAAAAUGAGGAAAAUAAACCAAAACCGAAUCCAGCUUUGGAGAUUGGAAAAACAUUACCGACCAAGUACGGGGAAUUCCCACCUGAACUCAUUGGCAAACCGAUUGAGGAUAUUGAUGAAUAUUACGCAAACAAAUACUCUUUCCUGGUCGUAGCCCGGGAUAGGUCGAUAUUUAGGUUUACUGCCACAAAGGCUCUUUUUCUACUCAGCCCCUUCAAUCCAGUAAGAAGGGCUGCCAUCUACGUCCUUACUCAUCCCGCAUUUUCUCUCUUCGUUAUGGUCGUUAUUUUAGUCAAUUGCGUUUUCAUGGCUAUUAAUAAGGAUAUAAAACAUUCGGAAUUAAUUUUUACCAUUAUCUAUACCAUCGAAGGUUCUAUCAAGAUGACGGCUCGAGGUUUUAUACUCAACGAUUUUACUUACUUGAGGGACGCUUGGAAUUGGUUGGAUUUUACAGUAGUAACGCUCGCGUAUAUAACAAUGUUCAUCGAACUCGGGAAUUUGGCUGCCCUUCGAACUUUCCGUGUUCUUAGGGCUUUGAAAACGGUUGCAGUUGUUCCAGGUAAAUGCAAUUAG